AUGCUUAUAUCUGAGUCUCAUCUCACAGACAAAAAGGACUUUCGUAUUACUAAUUACCAAACGUAUAGCACAAAUCAUCCGGAUGGAACAGCGCAUGGUGGAUCAGCCAUAAUUAUUAAAAACAAGAUCAGACAUACUGUUUUAGAAUCAUUUUCCACUAACUACAUGCAAGCAACAAAUAUUGCUGUUGACAUAUUUCCGAAAACCAUUAUUUUUUCAGCAAUAUACUGCCCUCCUAGACCUACAAUCUGUCAGCAACAGUUCUUGAACGUUUUUCAAUCCAUUGGUAAUGUAUUCAUCGCUGGAGGAGAUUAUAAUGCAAAAAACACAUGCUGGGGAUCGAGACUAACUACUCCCAGAGGACGUGAGCUCCACAAAGCAAUGAACCUGCUAAACCUAAAUGCAAUAUCCACAGGCGAACCCACAUAUUGGCCCACUGACUUAAGCAAAUUACCAGACUUGCUCGACUUUUUUAUAACCAAAAAUAUCCAAGAAAGCUCUAUAGAAGUUCGAUCCUGUCUGGACCUAAAUUCGGAUCACUCACCAGUAAUACUAACGUAUUCUCAAAACUUCAAUAUUGUUACUGACAGUCAAUUACUAACCAAUAAAUACACAAACUGGAUAACUUAUAAAAUUUUUAUUGAAAAUAACCUACACUGCAACAUUCGCUUGAAAACUGAAGAUGAAGUCAACAAUGCCAUCAAUCAAGUAACAACUAUUCUACAACAAGCAGCAACUAUUUCGACACCCAGAGAUGUUAAUUGCAAGACUCUCAGCAUUCCUUUGGAAAUAAAAAAACAAAUAGCCAUCAAAAGAAGAUUGCGUAAAAUAUGGCAAGUCACUAGGCAUCCCGAAGAUAAGAAAAGACUUAAUAGAGCCUGCGAAAAUUUAAAAUCAACAAUUAAUGCUUAUAAAAAUGAAUCUAUUAGGACUUACCUAAACAACCUAUCUUCAACUCAAGAUACGAAUUAUUCGCUGUGGAAAGCAUGCAAACGACUCAAGAAACCAGUUAUGGCUGUACCACCGAUCAGAAACCCUGAUCAGUCAUGGGCAAGAUCACACAAAGAAAAAGCCGUACUAUUUGCUGACUAUUUACAAGAAACUUUUAACCCGGCACCUCCUCAAUGCAGUCGUAGCGAAGAAGACUUCAUAAGUGAUUAUCUCCACCAGGAUAUAAGAACUACUAACAGUGUUAACAGAACCACCUUUUCAGAAAUUUCCGGUUUAAUCAAAUCAUCCAAAUCAGGAAAAUCCCCAGGACAUGACAAAAUAACAAUAAGAAUGCUAAAAGAAGCACCCAAGAAGUUGAUAAGAUAUUUAGUUAUAACCUUCAAUGCAAUAAUUAGACUUCGUUGCUUUCCAGAAGCAUGGAAAACUGCUAAAAUAAUUUUAAUUCCUAAACCUGGUAAAGACCAUCAUUUAGUUUCAUCAUAUAGACCAAUAAGUCUACUUUCAUGUGUAUCAAAAAUCUUUGAGAAACUUAUUUUAAAACGAAUAAACUCUGAAAUACAUAACAAAAACUUAAUACCUAACUAUCAAUUUGGCUUCCGACAACAGCAUUCAACAAUCCAACAAAUCCACAGAGUAGUUAAUACAGUCAAUGAAGCUCUUCACUCAAAAAAUUAUUGCUCUGCAGUUUUUCUAGACCUUACGAAAGCUUUUGAUAAAAAAAUUUACGUCUACAUAAAUGGUGUUCAGUCAGAAGUGAGAAAUAUUAGAGCCGGAGUUCCUCAAGGAAGUGUUCUGGGACCAACAUUAUUUCUUCUAUACACAGCCGAUUUUCCUGUUAAUUCUAUAAAGGACGAUUGCGAAUCUGAUCUUCAAGAUCAAUACCAGCUCUUAACGCAGCUUUGGAAUCACUUGAAUACUCUUACAAAACCUGCUGAUAUAACAGUGGUUAAAUCCAUGAAAAAUCCUCCAGCAGGUGUUAAACUUGUUAUGGAAGCCAUUUGUGUAAUGAAGGGAGUCAAACCUGAGAAAAAGCCAGAACCAGGUACUGGUAAAAUGAUUGAGGAUUAUUGGGGACCAUCACUAAAAAUUUUGAGUGAUAUGAAAUUAGAAAGUUUGAAAACUUUUAAUAAAGACAAUAUACCCGAAGCGACAAUGAAGCGCAUCAGACAAAAAUUCAUUCCCGAUCGAGAUUUUGAACCUGAUGUGAUAAAGAAUAUUUCUACCGCUUGUGAAGGAUUGUAAUGGGUGCGAGCUAUGGAUGUCUAUGAUCGUGUUAUUAAAAUUGUAGCACCAAAAAAGGCCGCACUGGCUGAGGCAGAAGCUUUGCUGGCUGCGCAAAUGGAAGUGUUAACUCAAAAAAGGGCACAAUUACAAACUGUAAUGGAUAAAUUGCAAGCUUUGAAUGACGAAUUUGCAGAGUUUUCCAAGAAGAAAAAAGAAUUAGAAGAUCAAAUUGACAUAUGCGAAAAGAAAUUGGACAGAGCUGAAAAGUUAAUUGGUGGCUUAGGGGGCGAAAAAGCGAGAUGGAGUAAUACAGCAGACACACUAAAUAGCUCUCUUGGAAAUAUAGUUGGAGAUGUUUUACUAGCUGCAGGUGCUGUGGCCUACUUUGGACCUUCUGUUAAUACAAGAUCGAGAUUGGUUAGGAUGUGGAAUGAUAAAUGUUUAAAUCUUCGGAUUCCCUGCUCUGAAAUCUUUACAUUAUGGAAUACCUUAGGCGAAGCAGCUGCUGCUAGAGCCUGGGGAUUAGCAGGUCUACCUGUUGAUGCAUUUUCUAUAGACAACGGAAUAAUUGUUACUCACGCUAAAAGAUGGCCUUUGAUGAUUGAUCCACAAGGUCAAGCAAAUAAAUGGGUUAAGAAUAUGGAGAAGGAUAACUUUCUGCGUGUCAUUAAAUUAACAGACUCAAAUUAUAUGAGAGUAGUAGAAAACUCGAUUAUACUGGGUCAACCUGUUCUACUUGAAAAUAUAGGGGAGGAAAUAGACGCUGCCUUGAGUCCAGUUUUAGAACGAGCAGUAUUUGUUCUGCGCGGCCAAACAAUGUUAAAGCUGGGUGAUCAAGUUAUUGAAUAUAACAGCGCAUUCAAAUUUUAUAUCACAACAAAUUUAAGAAAUCCUCAUUAUUUACCCGAAACACAAGUCAUGGUCACUCUACUGAAUUUUAUGAUAACUCAACAAGGCCUACAAGAUCAAUUACUAGGCACAGUCGUCGCUAGAGAAAGGCCAGAUUUGCAAGCAAAGAAAACUCAGCUAGUUAUCGAAUCAGUUCAAAAUAAAGAUAUGCUACAAAAUAUUGAGGAACAGAUUUUAAAGGUGUUGUCUACGUCUCAAGGCAAUAUUUUAGAAGAUGAAACAGCAAUUAAAAUUUUAUCAUCUAGUAAAAUAUUAUCUGAAGAAAUUCAAGCAAAACAAGAGAUCGCAGCAGUUACUGAAAAAGAAAUAGAUUAUGCUCGAAAUCAAUACACAUCCGUAUCAACCCAUUCUGCAAAUCUAUUUUUUUGCCUGACAGAGUUGGCAAACAUUGAUCCAAUGUACCAAUAUUCUUUAACAUGGUUCUUACAUUUAUUCAAUCAAGCUAUCACAAACUCGGAAGAAAGUUCAGUUUUAGAAUUACGUUUGAGUUACCUGAAUAACUACUUUACAAUGAGUAUAUACCGAAAUGUCUGCAGAAGUUUAUUUGAAAAAGAUAAACUAACGUUUUCUUUUGUGCUGUGCGUUGGCAUUAUGCGAUCUAAGAAUUUAGUGGAAGAAGAUUUAUGGGCAUUUCUACUCACAGGCGGAGUUGCCUUGGAUAAUCCAUAUCCAAAUCCUGCCCCAGAGUGGUUAACUGAAAGAGCCUGGUCAGAAAUUGUCCGCUCCACGCCUUUAACUCAUUUAGGCGCAUAUCGAAAUAGCGUUGCUACAAAUGUGAAAGCUUGGUACCAAUAUUACAAUUUAUCAAAUCCUCAUGAGGUACAAUUUCCUGCACCUAUGCACGAUCUUCCAGGAUUGGCUAGGCUGGUGGCUCUAAGAUGUAUCAGGCCUGAUAAAAUUGUACCAGCAGUACAGAAUUUUAUAGUGGAGUAUAUGGGAAGAUCAUUCGUCGAACCUCCGGUAUUUGAUUUAGUUUCUUCAUACCACGACAGUAGUCCGAGUACUCCUUUAUUGUUUGUGUUGAGUCCAGGAUCAGACCCAAUGGCCGGGCUGAUGAAAUUUGCUUUAGACAUGGGAAUCGAAGGGGAAGCUUUGCAGACAAUUUCAUUAGGACAAGGGCAAGGGCCAAUAGCAUAUUCCAUGAUAACAAAGGGUUUAUCUGAAGGCCAUUGGGUAGUUUUGCAAAAUUGCCAUUUAGCAGAAAGUUGGAUGAGAGAUUUGGAACGAAUUUGCGCUGAUGUUGUCGUACCAGAGGCAGCCCAUCCGAGAUUUAGGCUGUGGUUAACAUCUUACCCAAGCAAAGCAUUUCCAGUUUCCAUAUUACAGAAUGGCGUUAAAAUGACAAAUGAAGCGCCGAAAGGAUUGAGACUAAAUAUGUUAAGGUCUUACACAACUGAUCCUCUAUCUAACGAGAACGUUUUUCAACAACUGUCCAUUGGUAAGAUAAGUCCUUGGCAAAGAUUAUUAUUCGGUUUGGUGUUUUUUCAUGCUAUGAUUCAAGAACGAAGGCAAUAUGGUCCACUAGGAUGGAAUAUUCCUUACGAAUUUAACGAGAGCGAUUUGAGGAUAUGCGUUAUGCAAUUACAGAUGUUUUUAACAGAUUAUGGAGAUGUUCCUUUCGAUGCUCUUCUUUAUUUAACAGGAGAGUGUAAUUACGGUGGCAGAGUUACAGAUGAUAAAGACAGAAGACUUUUAAACUCCUUGCUAGACAUUGUCUAUUGUCCAGAUACAGUAAAUAAUCCCAAGUAUACAUUUUCUCCGAGUGGGAUAUAUAAAGUUCCAGAUGAUACGACAAGACAAGGAUGCAUUGAAUAUAUAAAAUCUUUGCCUUUAACACCUCAUCCUGAAGUAUUCGGUUUACAUGAAAAUGCUGAUAUUACCAAAAACAACCAGGAAACUGCCGGGCUUCUCAAAGGAGUUCUUCUUACUCAAACGCAAUUAACGGCGGGAGGAGGUGCUGGCGAAGGCCUAUCAGUUGCAGAUUUAGCGAAGGAUAUUCUAAAUCGAUUACCACCUGACUAUGAUGUUGAAGCAGUUUCUGAAAAAUAUCCUGUUAUGUACUCAAACUCAAUGAAUACAGUUCUACGUCAGGAGUUGAUAAGAUUUAAUCGAUUGAUAGUUGUGAUUCGACAAACAUUAAUUGAUGUUGGGAAAGCUGUUAAAGGACUUUUAGCUAUGGUUGGUGAAUUAGAGGAAGUUCACGGAUCUUUGUUAACAGGACGAGUGCCAAAAACGUGGGCUUCUAAAUCUUAUCCCUCACUUAAACCUCUAGGUGGCUAUAUUAAUGAUUUACUGAUAAGGCUAAAGUUUCUUCAGAACUGGAUAGAUGAAGGACCUCCUAACGUCUUUUGGUUAUCAGGAUUUUUCUUCACUCAAUCAUUUUUAACGGGCGUUUUUGCAAAACUAUUCGCGUGGUAA